AGCACCCGGAAAUUUCCCAGCAGUCUUGUACGCUUGCGCAAUAGUGGAAAACGUGGUCAAAGGGGUAAAUAAUCGGUAGUGGGGAGUCGGAAAGCAUUGGAGCAACUGUGGAAUUCUUCUCAGUUUGACUAUUUUUUUUUGUUAAGGAGUGUCAAGUUUUGAUAAAUUUGCCGGAAUGGCAAAUUCCAUUGAAAUUCCUCUUCGUGAUACGGAUGAGGUUAUUGAACUCUGUUUAGAUCAAUUACCUGAAGGCGAUGAAGUUUUGGGUAUUUUGCGACAAGAACAUGCACAACUUAAUAUAUGGGUCAAUUUGGCUCUUGAAUAUUAUAAACAACAUAAAAUUGAGGAUUUUAUUAAAAUCCUUGAAUCGUCUCGAAUUGAUGCCAAUAUUGAAUACAGAGAGUAUGAAAAAGAUCAAAUGCGUGCAUUGGACAUGUUGGCAGCAUACUAUGUGCAAGAAGCCAAUCGAGAAAAGAACAAGGAUAAAAAGCGAGACUUAUUCACAAAAGCAACUUUACUUUAUACAACAGCAGAUAAAAUUAUGAUGUACGAUCUAAACCACUUACUUGGUCGAGCAUAUUUUUGUUUGCUUGAAGGGGAUAAACUAGAUCAAGCAGAUACGCAAUUCAAUUUUGUCUUGCAACAUGCUUCAGCCAAUAUUCCAUCACUCCUGGGUAAAGCAUGUAUAGCUUUUAACAAGAAAGACUAUCGAGGAGCUUUAGCAUUCUACAAAAAAGCUCUAAGAACAAAUCCAAAUUGCCCAGCAGCAGUAAGAUUAGGAAUGGGUCACUGUUUUAUGAAGUUGAACAACCAAGAAAAAGCUCGAUUAGCAUUUGAAAGAGCUCUUCAACUUGAUAGUCAAUGCGUUGGAGCUCUAGUCGGUCUCUCAGUGUUAAAAUUGAAUCAACAACAACCUGAAAGCAUUAGAAGUGGUGUCCAAAUGUUAUCAAAAGCUUACACAAUAGAUUCAACAAAUCCUAUGGUUUUGAAUCAUCUUGCCAAUCAUUUUUUCUUCAAAAAAGAUUACAGUAAAGUCCAACAUUUAGCUUUGCACGCUUUUCACAAUACUGAAAAUGAAGCCAUGCGUGCUGAAAGCUGUUAUCAGCUUGCUCGAGCAUUCCACGUUCAAGCGGACUAUGAUCAGGCAUUCCAAUAUUAUUAUCAAGCAACACAAUUUGCACCUCCAGCUUUUGUUUUACCUCAUUUUGGCCUCGGACAGAUGUAUGUUUAUCGAGGAGACCCUGAGAAUGCUGCACAGUGUUUUGAAAAAGUUCUAAAAGCUCAACCAGGCAAUUAUGAGACAAUGAAGAUCUUGGGAUCAUUGUAUGCUAAUUCAAGCUCGCAAUCCAAAAGAGAUAUUGCAAAAAAUCAUUUAAGAAAAGUAACUGAACAAUUCCCAGAUGACGUUGAAGCUUGGAUUGAAUUAGCACAAAUUCUAGAGCAAAGUGAUUUAAAUGCAGCUUUGAAUGCUUAUGGAACAGCGACAAGAAUUCUGAAAGAAAAAGUUGAGGCUGAAAUACCUCCGGAAAUUUUAAAUAAUGUCGGAGCACUGCAUUAUCGUUUAGGCAACCUUGAAGAGGCUAGAAGAAAUCUUGAAGAAUCAUUAGCAAGGUCUAAAGUUGAUGCCCAAGAUGAUCCUAAUUAUUACAAUUCUAUUGCUGUUACUACGACUUAUAAUUUAGCUCGUUUGAAUGAAGCUCUGUGUGUUUUCGACCGUGCUGAGAAAUUAUAUAAGGACAUUUUGAAAGAGCAUCCAAAUUAUAUGGAUUGCUAUUUAAGACUUGGAUGUAUGGCUAGAGAUAAAGGUCAAAUUUACGAAGCUUCUGAUUGGUUCAAAGAUGCUUUGAGAAUUAAUAAUGAACAUCCUGAUGCAUGGUCGCUGCUUGGUAAUCUUCAUCUAGCAAAGAUGGAAUGGGGGCCUGGUCAAAAAAAAUUCGAAAGAAUAUUGAAAAAUCCUUCAUCAAGUAAUGAUGCCUAUUCUUUAAUUGCUUUGGGCAACAUUUGGCUACAGACUCUGCAUCAAAGUGGAAAAGAUAAGGAGCGUGAGAAAAGGCAUCAAGAUCGUGCUUUAGCUAUGUACAAACAAGUACUACGGAAUGAUCCGAAGAAUAUUUGGGCUGCAAAUGGUAUUGGUGCUGUUCUUGCUCAUAAAGGAUGUGUCAACGAGGCUCGUGAUAUAUUUGCCCAAGUUCGUGAAGCUACAGCUGAAUUUUGUGAUGUUUGGCUGAAUAUCGCUCACAUCUAUGUCGAGCAAAAGCAGUUUGUCAGCGCUAUUCAAAUGUAUGAAAAUUGCCUGAGAAAAUUCUAUAAAUAUCAUCACGUUGAAGUACUCCAAUAUCUUGCGAGGGCUUACUUCAAGGCAGGAAAAUUGAAGGAAGCUAAAAUGACUCUACUCAAGGCACGAAGAGUCGCUCCCCAAGAUACAGUUUUAUUGUAUAAUAUAGCUUUAGUGCUACAAAGACUUGCUACGCAAAUUCUUAAGGAUGAAAAGUCUACUCUUACGACAGUACUUCAAGCAGUGCAUGAGCUGGGAUUAUCACAUAAGUAUUUCCAGUAUUUAGCUACUCAUGGAGACAGGAUGGAACAACUUGCAGAAGCAGAAGCUCGGCGAUGUCAAGACUUGCUAUCUCAAGCACAAUAUCAUGUUGCUAGAGCUAGAAGGUUAGAUGAAGAAGAAAAGAUGUUGAGGAAAAAACAAGAAGAAGAGCGACAAGCAUUUAAAUUAAGACAAACUGAAGAGCAAAGAAAACUUGAAGAAAUGCGUAAACAAAAAGAAGAAGCUAUGUUACAAAAGAGGCAAGAAUAUGUGGAAAAAACAAAGAAUGCGCUUGUUUUUGAAGAGAUGCCAUCUGAAAAACAAACAAAGAAAGGAAAAAAAUCAAGAAGCGAUCAGUAUGUCAGCGACAGUGGAGGUUCUGGGGGUGAAGAGCGGAGGGAAGAAGCUCCAAGAGAAAGAAAAAGAAAGAGGAAAGCUAGUGGAGAAGGUAAAGAACGAAAAGGAAAAGGCAGAGGUCGUAGGAAGAAUGACGACAGUGGUGGUUCUGAUAGUGACCGGCCUCGAGCCAAGAGAGGAAGAAAAGUCGGAAGUGGUAAAAAAGUUAAAAAACCCGCGCCGGAAGUUACUCGACAUAAUCCUCGUUUCCUAUCAAAAGAAACUAUUUCCACAAGUGAGUCUGAGAGUGAUGAAGGACUUAAGAUUGCCAGUGGUGAUGAAGCUGGUCCAAGCAGGGGUAAAAGAAGAAUCAGUUCUGAUUCAGAACAAUCAAGAGCUUCAAGAUCAAGGUCUCGAUCUCGUUCAAAAGCAAGAAGUGGUUCGAGAAGCAACUCUCGAUCAAGGUCGAGAAGUGGAUCGAAUCGUUCAGGUUCAAGAUCGAGAUCGCGAUCGCACAGUGGUUCGAGAUCUCGAUCGAGGUCAGGUUCACGAAAUAGCAGGUCGAGGUCGCGAUCUGGUUCGAGGUCUCGAUCUGGAUCAAGAGCACGUUCGCACUCAGGAUCUCGAAGAAGUGGGUCAAGAUCACGAUCGAGAUCAAACAGUGGAUCUAGGAGAAGUGGUUCGAGAUCUCGGUCAAGGUCGGGAUCACGCUCGAAAUCAAGAUCUAGGUCCAAAUCUAGGAGCCGUUCACGUUCAGCGUCAGGAGAACGGAAGUCUAGAAGCAAAAGUCGAUCGAAAUCACGUUCGCAUUCAAAAUCCAAGUCGAGAUCAAGAAGUAAAAGCCCAUCAAGAUCACGGUCACGAUCAAAAAGUGGAUCUCGGAGUAGGUCUCGUAGUGCAAGCGGUUCAGCUAGGUCUGCCUCGCCAGUUUCCAGAAAAUCUGUUUCCGAAAGUGAUGAGGGUUCGAACCAUUAAAGCCUUAUAAUGCAAUCUUACUUAUAAUAUUAUAUUAUAUAUAGAUAUAAGUUGCUACAAACGAUUAGAUAUAUCGGUGAGAAAUUGUUUGUAAUUAUAGUUAUUAAUAUUAUAAUACUGGAAUAAAUAAAUAC